UGAAGGGGAGUUCAGUUUGGGGCUGUGGACCGGACCAACACAUCCAUUGAAUCUCUUCACUUUCAAAUGGACGCUUGACUUUUCAAGAAGCCACAAUGUUGCUUAAAAUGGACACGUUGCCAUUUCACGACCAGGAGUAGUUUUGAAGUUGUCGUCGCCCAGUCAUGGAAAGUUAAACAAGAGUAUAUCGUCAACGCGUCCCCGCCCGGAAGAUAGCAGAAAAAUGGGCCAAGCGAAAAGUGGCCGUCGCCCCGGCACUCAGUCUUCUUAGGGCGGCUGCAUGUCUCCCUCCUCCCCGUGCCAGAUGCCUGCGAAGACAGCGCCCGUGUCUCCUGCUCCGCCCGUCCCGCCGAGGAGGCUCAGGGGUCGGGAUGGGGGCUCGGCCAAGACGCGGCGUGCGGGAGGAGUGGAGAGGCGGGUGAAGUGUGUCCUGGUCGGGGACGGAGCUGUGGGCAAAACCAGCCUGGUGGUCAGCUACACGACCAACGGCUACCCCACCGAAUAUGUCCCCACUGCUUUUGACAACUUCUCGGCGGUGGUAUCAGUGGAUGGGCAGCCAGUCAAACUCCAACUCUGUGACACAGCUGGACAGGAUGAGUUUGACAGGCUGCGUCCGCUCUGUUACACCAGCGCAGACGUCUUCCUGCUGUGCUUCAGCGUCGUCAGCCCCGUCUCCUUCCAGAACGUCCCUGAAAAGUGGAUCGGCGAAAUACGGAGGCACGCCCCCUUCGCGCCGCUCGUUCUUGUUGGGACUCAGUGUGACCUCCGAGAAGAUGUCAAGAUUUUGAUAGACCUGGCAAAGUACCGAGAGAGACCAGUGGACCCAGCGGAUGCUACGGACUGUGCUGCUGAGAUUGGUGCCGUGGCCUACGUGGAGUGCUCGUCGCUGACCCAGAAGAACCUGAAAGAAGUUUUUGACACGGCCAUAUUGGCCAGCCUGCAGAACCACAGCUCCCAGAAGCACUCGAGAGGGAGGCAGAAACGUCGGACAAAGCAAAUGCAGACGCCUGACAAGAUGAAGAGUUUGUCCAAGUCAUGGUGGAAAAGUUCCUCUCAACAGAACAGCUUGCGGAGCCUACGCCGCGUGUCGAGGCGAGCCCGACUAUAUCUAGCCAGAACCUCUCGACUUUGGACGUUCCUAAUCCCUGCAAUCAACUUCGCCAAGGUCCCCACCUUUUGCCGCUACUCAGCUCAGAUUGCACUCGACCCCUUUGGCCUCUGCCAUGGGUGAGCCCACGAGAAGGACAACGUGUCAUCAGUUCAGUAAAAAAAAAAAACAUGAAGCCACGACUGAAGGCCGCAACAGAUUCCUGUGAAGUUUGUCUUGGUCUUUUGACACAUAAGCAUUCCAAGAUUUUAUCUUAAUCUCAAAGUAGUGAUGAAUGACAACAAUAAAAUGAUGAUGAGGAGGAGGAUAUACCCUGAGGAUGAGUGCAGAAUGACAGGAGGGAUGACAAAGACUAAUCCUAACCCUAAAAACUACAAUUUUUUUUCACUGCCGUGACUGCACAAUUGCCACUGGUGCAGCAAUAUCAGUACAUAAUAUUUUACUUGAAAAACAUCUUCUCUUAUCAGCCUGUGCUGCAGUGAGUAAGAGAACUCUGAGUGAAGCCAUAUUGUGAGCAAAAUAAUGCAUUUUAUUUUAUUUUUUUCAUAAGGCUCCAAAUCUGCUCCGUGACAAACAAUAUAAAUAAGAUGAGGGGACAAAGCCUGACAGAAUCAUGUGCAAAUGAUUACAAGUGUAAAGAGAGAGAAAAUGUUUUUAAUCAAAUGUUUUUCUCUUGCAAUGAAACACAUCCCCUCAUGUGGCACAAGCCACAUUUUUGGUUUUUUUUUGUAGCAUAGUUUCGAAUAAGAGUAGGGCAUUGUUUUUCUUUGAAGAUUUAAUACUUUUUUCUACUGGGCCUCUACUAAUCUCCCACAAAAAAGAUGAACCAUUUUGCUUGUGGCUCUUAUUGUAUUAGAUUAAACUUCAGAAUUGUUUGGAGAGGAGUCACUUACUCGACAGUGAGAAAGAAAGCAUGAUUGAAGUAGACGCUGGAAAAAAAAUAAAGUGAUGUAAUCUUACAGCAGUACGUCAAACAACUGCUUGUUAUGUCUGAGUGAGUCUAAGGCAAGUGUGUGUUUGUAUUUGUACCUGCUUGUAUGACUUUGUCCUUCCGGCCCCCUCCCCCUAAGUCUAGAAAAAUUUAAACGACAGCACAUUAUUGCCCAUAAAUACUGACAAAAAUAUCCUACUACUACAGCACUUUUUGUGAGUUUGUCAAACGUAAAGUCAUCCACGUCUGUUACAUUUAAAUUAAUGCUGACAUUAACAACAGUUGCUUGGUACGAAGAAGGGUUAGGGCUACAGUGAGAGGGGAAAAAAAUGUUAAGGAAAUACACCAUAGUGGAUCCCCGAAAUAUGGGACUGGGAUAGGGACUGGGCUGACCACGAAUAGCAAAACUCUGGAUAUAAUUGCGGCUCAUUAUAAUUGCCAUGAUGUUUUUUAAUUUAAUUUUUGGGGCGGAAAAGUGGGGAAUCGUGUGGGGAAAAAAAUGUGAAUAAGUGGGAGAUGGGUUAAAAAAAAAAAAGGUCAGAGACGAGUGCCUGGUGGCCAGGCCUGCACCCAUCGGGCCCGGCCGGGCACAGCCCGAAAUGGUAACGUGGGUCCCCCUUCUCAUGGGCUCACCACCCGUUGGAGGGGCCAUAGGGGUCGGGUGCAGUGCGAGCUGGGCGGUGACCGAAGGCAGGGACCUUGGCAAUCCGAUCCCUGGCUACAGAAGCUGGCUCUAAGGGACGUGGAACGUUACCUCUCUGGCAGGGAAGGAGCCCGAGCUGGUGUGCGAGGUCGAGAAGUUCCGACUAGAUAUAGUCGGGCUCGCCUCCACACACGGCUUGGGCUCUGGUACCAGUCCUCUCGAGAGGGGUUGGACUCUCUUCCACUCUGGAGUUGCCCACGGUGAGAGGCGGCGAGCAAGUGUGGGUAUACUUAUUUCCCCCCAGUGUGGUUUUCGUCCUGGCCGUGGAACAGUGGACCAGCUCUACACCCUUGGCAGGGUCCUCGAGGGUGCCUGGUAGUUCUCCCCGAGUGGAGGAAUUCUAAUAUCUUGGGGUCUUGUUCACGAGUGAGGGAGAUCGACAGUCGGAUCGGUGCAGCAUCCAAAGUGAUGCGGACUUUGUAUCGGUUUAUUGUGGUGAAGAAGGAGCUAAGCCAAAAGGCAAACCUCUCGAUUUACAUGUCGAUCUACGCUCACCUAUGGUCACAAGCUGUGGGUCGUGACCGAAAGAACAAGAUAGAAGAUAGAAGCGGCCAUUAUGAGUUUCCUCCACAGGGUGUCCGGGCUCUCUCUUAGAAAUAGGGUGAGAAGCUUGGUCAUCCGGGAGGAGCUCAGAGUAGAGCCGCUGCUCCUCCGCAUUGAGAGGAGCCAGAUGAGGUGGCUCGGGCAUCUGUUUAGGAUGCCACCCGGACGCCACCCUGGUGAGGUGUUCCGGGCACGUUCCACCGGGAGGAGACCCCGGGGACGACCCAGGACACGCUGGAGAGACUACGUCUCUCGGCUUGCCUGGGAACGCCUCGGGAUCCCCUCGGAAGAGCUAGAGGAAGUGGCUGGGGAGAGGGAAGUCUGGGCUUCCCUGCUGAGGCUGCUGCCCCGGCGACCCGACCUCGGAUAAGCGGAAGACAAUGGAAUGAUGGAUGAGGUGAAUCUGCGAAUGCCAACCUUGAAUAUGUGGGGGUCCACUCUAUAUACAGUACUAUAACUAUCCUACACUAUUACUACCCUAUACUAGACUACACUAGACUAGAUAAAACGAGACUAUAUAGGCCCAAGGUGGUUCGAGUAGACAACGUAGUCAAGUAAGGGUAUUGCUACUUUAGAAUAUGACUCAAGUAAUAGUAAAAAGAGUAAGAAAGUACUCAAGUGCUGAGUAAUUUAUGAGUUCCUCCUAUAUGACUAUAUUGGUCUAAAUUUUGUUUUCUUGUAUUAUGACUUUUUCUUACAAAAUUAAAAAUGUAUACUCAUAUAUUCCAAUUUUAUUCUAGUAAAAAAAAUAUACAUAUAUUCACAUUAUUUCUCAAUUUUAUUUUUGUAAAGUUAUUUUUUGUAUUCUCAUAUAAUUUUGAGUUUUUUUGUAGAAUCAUGAAAAUCUAAAAGAUGUCGCAAAAUAUUAUGACUUUAUUCUCCUUAUAUUUGGGCUUUUUAGUACUAUUUUUCUUCUUUUCCACAUGACCCUAAUUGUCUCUAAUCUCUCUUUAUUUUGGAGUCGGUAUAAUAAGAAUUUGUUUCACACAUCAGUGGUGUUCCCCAGACAUUGAGCAAACAAUUCUGAUCAUAGUCUGUUCCCGACAUUGGGUUAUUUACCCUUAGCAAGGGGGACAAAAUAUAUAAGCUGCUUUAACAUGUUGCUCUUCUCUUCCGUACACAAGAAUGAGAGGAAGUGCCACAGUGAGAACAGACAAAGGCAUCACUCAGGAUGGAAAACAUCAUAGGCCACGAGUACGUCUUCAAAAAAUGGGAGGAAGAAGACAGGAUACAAGGAAGUGGUAGUUUUCCUGUUUUAGAUCUGAGAAACACGCACACGCACACACAUGCAUAAGGGAUGUCUGGAGCUGAUAGUUGCUACAUCCAGUUAGCAACAGCUGACGUUGGCAUGUGUGUGUGUGUGUGUGUGAGUUGUGGGUACACAUUUAGGCAUGUUCUAUAUGGCUAUUUAAAGAAGGUAAAAGUGACAUAAAUAGCAGCAGCGUUUCUUGCACACAACACAACUCAGUGGUCGAUGCACACUCAAUUAAUGUUCGGUUGAGCACCUUUCAUACUAAAAGAGCAACGUGAUGUGCUUCACAGAGCAGGUAACAAGCAACACUGAAUAAAAUGCAAAUACAAAACAACCAAUAAAAACGGGUUUUAUUACACCAUACUUUUCGUAGAGAGUGCGCAUUGGCUGCCUUCUUGUGAUUAUUCUAGUCAAGAGUUGCUGGCUUUGUGUUUUGUACAUUUAUCAUUAUGGUAUUCAGUGUUUUAUUGAUUGGUUUUGAGCGUCUUUCAUUUGAUCUAGUUUAAUAAAUAGCCUGUGUGUUUUCAAUGAAUCGUACAGCACUUUGCCCAACCCUGUUGUUAUGAAAUGUGCUCUUUAAUUCUGUCAAUUGUUCAUAAAAAGUGGUUGUUAAUCAAUUGCGUCUUGAAGCAUUUGAGUUCAAUUGGAGCACACUACUUGGCUGCCAACAGCAGAGGCACCGUUGAUUCAGUCUCAAGUAGUUUGCUGUCCGAAGUACAACAUGAUGUCAUAUAGGGGAGGUUGAGCUACAGUACAUCUGUGCAGCAUUUUGUUUUUCAAGAUUUCAAGAGGAGUUCAGAACAUUGAGACAGUUUCCCUUUCCUUUAAAAAUAACAUUACAAAAUAAUUAGGGAUUAAUUAAGCAGCAUGGUGAACCAUUGGUUGGCACAUCUUCACAGUUUUGGGAUUCUGGGUUUGAAUCUUUGUUUCGGCCUUUAUGUCUGGAGUUUGCAUGUUCUCGCUGUGCUUGGGUGGCUUUUCUCCCCAAUGUCGCUGAUGUAAUGGACAAUGAAAAAUGGCUUGUCCUAUUACACGAGCCUUCAGAACAAAAAAUCUGUUUCUGGGUAUGAAGCGAGAUCCAGCCAGCCACUGCCAAGCCGUACCAAUACAGUAUAUACAGUAUAUAUACAGUAUAUUGUGUUUUCCAAUGAUACUUAACUAUGGUUAGAAUUUCAUUUGUACCUGCACCUAAAACGUAAAGCGUGGAGAGUCUCUGUCGCUGAAAUAUACAGUCAAUGAAGGGGUGAUCAUUGCCAAGAAUCUCCAAGAGCCCGUUUCCUCUCUUUGUAUUAUUCUAAUAUUGCUACAGGAGGCAGAGCAAUCCGCUUCUUCUUUGACAAUGUUAUUUGUGGUUAAAUAAAAAAAUAAUUGAA